AUGAUUCUUGAUUUGGCUUCUCUAUCUCAAGGCACGCCUCCAUCAGUUGAGCUUUCGCAAAAGGACACAUUACCAGUAACAGAUUCACAAUCUCCCUUACAACAACAACAACAACAAAAUCAAAAGCAAAGAUACACGAGAAAUGUUUCUCUUGUUGAUGCCAGUCGCCGAUUGAUAAAUCGAAAAAUACGUUACAAUCAAUGUUCAACUAUUAGUGACAUCAUGUGUUUUGUUGGCAUGACUGGAAUAAUUCUCAUGAUUAUUGGAAGUGAAUUGAUCUUUGCUGCAAAUAAACAGAAUUAUCUGAGAAUCAUCUUUGUUCUCAAGCUGGCUACUACCAUUUCAACAGUGCUUCUAAUUAUUCUUGUUAUCGUUUAUCAUUACUAUGCUUUGAAUCUAUAUUGUCUUAAUAAUUCACUUGACGACUGGCGCGUAGGUUUGACCUUAAAACGAGCAGCGAUAAUUGCACUGGAACUAAUGAUUUGCGCCAUUCAUCCAUUGUCUCGUCAAGUUUUGGUCAUAGGGUAUUCAAGCAGCGGCUCAACAAUUUUGAAUACAUCGAUUACUAACAAUGAUGAGGCAGCGAAGAAGCUGUUGCCAUACAACUAUCUCGAUGUGGCCCUUGGAUUACCAAUGUUUUUCCGCCUGUAUUUGUUUGGUCGCGUCCUCAUGUUUCAUUUAAGAGUGGUUCGUGAUGUAACAUCGCAAUCGUUGAGUCACUUCAGUCGAGUGUCAAUUGAUUUUACUUUUGUCAUCAAAUACUAUCUGCAAAUCUGGCCAACGCGCUCUCUGAUGAUACCCGGUACCUUUUUAUUCUUCAUUGGUAGUUGGAGUUUUCGAGCUUGCGAGUAUCAGUCCGGGGUAAAUCAAAUAUCGUUUCUUGAUGCGAUGUGGCUUUUCAUUAUCACUUUUACGACUGUCGGUUAUGGUGAUUUCAGUCCAACGACAUAUUGUGGUCGAAAUAUUGCUGUCCUGAUUGCUUUAACUGGCAUCAUACUAAGUGCAAUUCUCAUAGCAGUACUAUUGAGAAAAUUGGAAUUUAGUCGUUGGGAAACGUAUGUUUAUAACCUCGUCUUGAGCACUGAAAUUAGCAAAGCAAAGAACCAUGCAUCGGCUAAUAUCAUUAAGUAUGCUAUUGCCCUUUUUCGCUUCAAGCAACGUGGUCGAUACUCAUCAUUUGAGUAUCUACUGGCGCAAAAAAAAUUAUUUACUUGGAUAAAAACAAAUCGAAGCAUCAGGCAAAAGCAGCGCAAAUUAAUUGAUGCGUGCGUAGAUCGGGUAGAACCAUUGUGUAGUCAAGCUCUCACAAAUCCUAUCAAUGAACGAAUUACACAGCAGUGCGUGCUGAUGCAAGAGAAAAUGGAUCGACUUGAAAAAAGACUAGUAGAAAUGAAUGGUGUGAUGGAGUCGAUUCAGAAUUUUCUAAAUAUUUUACUUACUAAGGAUAUAAAAUAA